UCAUAGCUCAAUGUCAAAACAAAAACAUUGUACCACAAAUUAGCUCGUUUGUUUUCGUUGCGUAUCCUCUUUUCGGUGGUGAACCCAAAACGGAAGGUCAUAAAUUAUCAUACAAAAUAGACGACGCGUCGAAACAACGAGAACAAGAAAGAAAGCAAAACAACCCAAAUACAACAUUCAACUCGCGCUGCAAUUGUGCCAUCACUUGCGAGAAAUCUCAGCUCACGGAUCGCUUGACUCAGCCCCAUUUAGGCGGCGCAUGCUGCAUCAGAGAACAUCAGCAGCAAAGACAGUCCAAGGAGGCUGCGAAAGAAGCUUCAGCGAUCUUAACGGCACCGCCUACGCCGAUCGGAAGAGAAGAAUCACAUUUCUUCACAGCGCAAACAGCUGAGAGCUGAGCUGGAAAUCUCCAAAGCGGAUCUCGACCUUCUCAUUAACGACUUAAUUCAUUUAACAAGUGGCGGUAGAGGAUCUUCUUCGCGCCCGCGCGUUCUCUCAUCGGCGGAAUGUAGAACUUUGCAGUAGUCAGUGUCGAGUUCGAGUACGGAAAGGAUGUGUGGUUGAGUUUGGUUGGAAGUUGGUAUUGAGUCCUUGAUUAAGUUUUGUUUAAAUAUCGGUUCAAAAAUGGAUUCGGGAUGCUUCGAAGAGUUAGCAGGUGUAGAUUACGGUGAACUGACCAGUGACCUCAACGGUGGAUACUGCCAACGUUCGCAAGCGAACGCCAGAGAGCGAUAUCGAACGCACAGUGUCAACUCGGCCUUCACCAACCUCCGGCUACUAAUUCCAACUGAACCAAAGAAUCGAAAGCUGUCCAAAAUUGAAACCCUACGAUUGGCCAAAAGUUACAUCUCCCAUUUGAUCGCUGUUUUAUUAACUGGAAACUACAAACAACCCUGCUUGCUCUCACAAUCGUACCAAUCAGCCGACAACGGGGACGCCAUUGGCUGUCUUCACGAUAAUUUAAGCUCUAGUGAGCUUCGAGAAGACGAGCCGGAAAUAAGACGGGCCACCAUUUGCACAUUUUGUAUUUCGUCGAAAAAGUGACUUCAGUCAAAUUUUAUACAGUUAAAAAAUAUCUUACUGCCAAGUCAAACAUAAGUUCAUCUACCCUAUUAAUCUAAGCCCAGUGUUAGGUCGACCGCGCAGCUGCGAUUAUCCAAUAAAAGCCAUUACUCAGCCAUCA